AUGUCUAGAUCUACAAGCACGGACGGCGCGAAGCCGAAGGUCCUCCUCAUCGGCUUCCUCGACACUAAGGAAGCGGAGUACGCGUUCGUGAAAGACUUACUCGAGGCGAAGGGAUGUGAGGUGUUCCUCAUCGAUGCUUCCCUCCAGACUGAUACCGCCCUCUCCAAACACGCUGCCCACCCGCCCUCUGCCGUCUGCUGCGCGGCAGGCACCUCACUGUCGCACCUACGCACCCUCCCACGCGCCGCCGCGCUCGAGCAUAUUACCGCCGGCGCCACCAGCAUCGCUCUCUCGUACCAAGUGCGUGGCUCCCUGCACGGCGCGCUCGCGAUGGGCGGGAGCACAACGACCGCGCUCGCGUGCGCGGUGCUGCGCGCGCUGCGCGUCGGGCUGCCGAAGCUGUGCGUGAGCACGAUGGCGAGCGGGGAUGUCAGUCAUUAUGUGGGGGACAGCGAUAUCUGCAUGAUGCCUUCUAUCGCGGAUAUCUCGGGGUCGAUGAACGUCCUCUCCGCGCGCAUCCUCACCAACGCCGCCGCGGCGCUCGCGGGGAUGGCGCGCGCAUAUAAAGACCAGCCGACGCCCGCGUUGGGAGACGCGAAGCAUAUGGUUGCGGUGACGAUGUUCGGGCUCACGACCCUCGGCGUGACCGUCGCCUGCGAGCGCCUCCGGUCCUUCACCGAUGCGUCCGGGCGGCGCCUGUACGAGCCCGUCGUGUUCCACUGCACGGGCGCGGGCGGGCGCACGAUGGAGCGGCUGGUCGAGGAGAAGUGGUUCCAUGCGGUGCUGGACCUGACGACGACGGAGCUCGCGGAUGAGCAGUGCGGCGGGAUCCUCUCGGCGGGGCCGACGCGCCUGACCGCGCCCGGGAACGCGGGCAUCCCGCACGUCGUGUCCCUCGGCGCGCUCGAUAUGUGCAACUUCGGCCCGCGCUCGACAGUCCCAGAGAAAUAUGCCGCGCGUACGCUGCACGAGCACAACCCGAGCAUCACCCUCCUGCGCACCUCCGCAGAUGAAUGUGCGGCUAUCGGGCGCACGAUGGCCGACCGAUUGUCUGUCGGCCACGGCCCUCUCGCGGUAGUCAUACCGAAGCACGGGUGGUCCGGGAUUGAUAUCGCGGGCGGGCCGUUUUGGGAUCCGGACGCGGAUCGUGCGCUCGUGGAGGAGUUGAAGAAGGGGUUGAAGGAGAAAGGGAGGGCGGUAGAGGUGAUUGAGGUGGAUAAGCAUGUGAAUGAUAGGGACGCGGCGUGGGUGAUGGCGGAUAAGUUGCAUGAGUUGGUGGGAAAGUGGGAAAGGAGUGGUGGUGGCGCGUAG